AUGAGGCGGUCAUUGUUUGUUAGUAUCUUACACGAUAUUCAACAAGUGAAUGAGUACUUUAUCCAAACCCGUGAUGCUAUUGGUGCUCUUGGAUUAUCCGGUGUACAGAAGAUGACUGUAGCACUUCGGAUCCUCCAAUACGGCGUGCCUGCUGAUGCUGUAGACGAGUACAUUAAAAUCGACGAAAGUACUGCAAUUGCCACCUUAAAUUUUUUUACCAGAUCAAUUGUUGCUACCUAUGAAGCCGUUUACUUAAGAUCUCCAAACGAAGCAGAUGUCGCCAGAUUAUUGCAAGAGGGAGAGCAACGCUGGUUUCCUAGAAUGUUAGGGAGUUUGGAUUGUAUGCACUGGCGUUGGGAUAAAUGUCCAAGUGCCCAAGCCGGUGCUUACACUGGACACUAUCACAAACCAACAGUUGUACUCGAGGCAGUUGCCUCCUAUGGCUUGUGGAUUUGGCAUGCUUUCUUUGGCAUGCCUGGCUCUCUAAAUGAUAUUACUGUUCUUGACAGGUCGCCUUUAUUUGCUGAAUUAACUAGAGGAUGUGCCCCUGCUGCCAACUACACCAUCAAUAAUCACGUAUACACCAUGGGGUAUUAUCUUGCUGAUGGUAUCUAUCCUCGUUGGGCAACGAUUGUGAAAAUAAUAUCUCAACCUCAAGGCGCAAAGAGACAACUAUUUGUGAGGAUGCAGGAGGCAUGUCGGAAAGAUGUCGAAGGGCAUUUGGAGUGCUCCAAGCACGAUUUAAUAUUGUCAGCGUGCCAGCUAGAGGUUGGAGUGAUGAGGAUCUGUACUAAAUCAUGA